AUGCCGACCGACCGCGAGCCUCCUCGUCGCCCGUCGCAGCCGCACCACAGCGGCUCGACCUCGUCCACCGACUUUGCCAGCCUCGAGCAGCGCGAGAGCCACGCCAGCGGUGCAUCGCAGUACCCGCGCCCGCCCAACCACACCCCUCCCGCCGCCGCCGUCCGCCGUCCUUCCGCCGCCCAGCGCGGCGACUCUGCCACCUCCUCUGCCCCCUCGACUGCACCUUCCCGCGCCUCGACCGCGACCAAGAAGGGCAAGAAGCCCGAGCGUCCGCGUCCGUCCAACCUCGCCGGCCCGACGCUGCAGCGCGUUCCCGAGUCGUACCUGCGCUUCGUGCGCGCCGACUCGGGCGGUCGCACGCCCGGCUCGGCGCACUCGGGCGCGGGUAUGGGUGGCCCCGGCGAGGGCGGGUCCUUCUUCUCGCCGAGCCUGAGCGGCGACGAGGCGGCGGCGGGCAAGAGCGACGGCGGCGGCGCCAAAAAGCCCGUGUGGGCCAUCGGGGGCGUCUUCCCCAAAAACCAGAAGCGCCGCCGGUCGACCGUCGACGGGCGCGAGAAGGGCGUGCGCAGGGGCAGCGUGUCGCAGCAGCCCCAGCCGCAGAACUCGGGCUCGGGCUCGGACGGCGGCGGCAGCGGCGGUCGAGGCGGCGGUCGUCGCGUGCCCGCCAAGCUUCCCUACGUCCCCGAGCGCGGCGACUCGAUCUCGGCCACACGGUCCGACUCGACGGGCGCCGAGGACACGGCGAGCGACACCGAUACCGCGCCGCGUCCACGAGCCGGCACGGGCGACGGCGUCGGCAGCGCGCGCACGGACCCGUUCGAGGAACUCGGGCCCACGGCGUCGACGCGGUCUCGCCGAGCGAGUGCUCCUCCUGACGACGGCGACGACGAGCGCGUCGUCGACGGUCUCGACUCGAGCCGUCAGCUCAAGGACGAGAUGAGGAGCGAGGUCGGCGACGAGGUCGAGGCGCGCCUCAAAAAGGUGCACUCGGGCAGUUCGCGCACAGUCGCAGGUGACGAGGGCGAGAAGGGCGACGAGAAGGGUCAGCGGGAGCGAGGAGAUGAGCAGGACGGCGAGGGCCCGCCGGAAGGAGCCGAGGCGGGGCGAGGAGGCCCGAACGUCGGCGGCGAGCUCGACCAAAGCGCCGAGCAGUGGGCCGAGGACGUCGAGGAUCCCGAGGACCUACCUGUGCGCAACUGGUGGGGCACGGUGCGGUACGCGCUGCGCGAGCCGCUCGCCGAGUUCCUCGGUUCCCUCGUCCUCGUCUGCAUCGGUGUCGGCGCCGACUGCCAGACCAAGAUCAGCCUCGAGACGAUGGGCGCUUAUCAGUCGAUGAACUGGUCGUGGGGCUUCGGCGUCAUGAUCGCGCUCUACAUCGCCGGCGGUAUCUCCGGUGGCCACACGAACCCGGCCGUCACCGUCACGCUCGCCAUCUUUCGAGGCUUCCCUUGGAAGAUGGUGCCUCGAUACAUCUUCGCUCAAGUGCUCGGCGCGUUCUGCGGCGCCCUCAUCAUCUACGGAAACUACCGCCGGGCAAUCGGCGAGUACGACUCGUACAAGCUCAUUCAGCCGACCGACUACUCGAACGCGAGCGCGCCGCUCUUCAUCACGGCGCCGUCCGAGGGCGUAUCAUCUACGAUCGAGGGCUUCUGCCAGGAGAUCCUCGCCGGCGGCAUCUUGAGCAUCGCGGUCCUCGCGCUCGGUGACGAGAACAACGCGCCGCCUGGUGCAGGUCUCGGAGCCAUCGUCCUUGGGUUUGUCGUCGUCGCUAUCGGCAUGUCGAACGGCUGGAUCUCUGGCUACGCCAUCAACCCUGCUCGCGAUCUCGGUCCUCGACUCGCCCUGUGGACACUCGGAUACGGCAAGAAGCUGUGGUACCACGACCACUGGUGGUGGCUCGUCGGCCCGAUCCUCGGCCCUACCGUCGGCAGCAUCGCCGGCGCACUCGCGUACGACCUGUGCAUCUUCACCGGGCCCGGCAGCCCCGUCAACUUUACCGGGCACGAGGUCGCCGACGCCAUGGGCUUGUACAGCGUCCACAACAUGGUCUGGACUGCCCUCUCGCCCGAGAAGCGCCGCCAGCGCCGGUUCGCCGACAACCCGAGGAGCCAGGACGACCUCGCCGAGAACGGGCUCGCGACGACGCUCGCUCGCCGCGACAGCGCGAGGAUCCUGCCCGGCCGGUCGACGCAGCAGGACAAGAGCGAGCUCCGCCUCGAGAACCGGUUCAAGAGGGCGCAGGCGAACGUCCUUCGGCAAGAGGAGCGCAGUCGUCAACGCGAGCACGGCGCGGCCCGCAAACUCCACGAGCCACCAGCCGACCAUGAACGCCAACGCCGCCUACCCGCCGCAGAACUCGCUCCAGGCGGCACUGCAACCGCAAGACUCGUCGCUGGCGGCGGCGCAGCACAACCGCGAGGCCAUGGAUUCGCUCGCGACGGUCCAGCUCGCCGACCAAGACGCGGACCGCCACUCGCACGACGAGGCGAUGCGCCUGCGCGGCGGAUGCUUCAACAUGGGCUUGUGCGGGUGCCCGGACUGUGAUUGCUGCAUCAUCCCCUGCACCAUCUCGUGAGCUUCGGUCCGACCGGUGAGCAGCUCGGACGCGAGGAGCGGCGAGGCGACGACGACGACGGCGCGACGAGGACGAGGAGGACUUUCCGCAGUGCAACAUACCUACAGACCCUUUCUUUUCAGUACACGACCUGUCCUGUACUUCCAUUGUUGACUCUCCCUGUC